UCUAACACACUCUUCCCCUUUAUCCAUGCACCUUUUCCCACACGGAAGUCCCUCUGGCUGUCUAACUUGAAUCCAACCCGCUGUAGCUUCUCCUUAGCACCACUCAGUCCGUGCAGCUGCAUUUUCCGUGGGCGGUUUUGGUGGGCUGACCCAAUCCCCAAAGCAGCCCUCCCUCCUCGGGAUGGUAGAACUUUGAUUCGCUCUGUCUGGAUACCCACGCGCGUGACUUUACGUGUACCCAAAGGUGGGCUGUGAGUGCCAAGCUGAGCCUCGUUUUGCAGAGAGGAAGGAGAGCGAGACAAAGCGGAGUGGGAAGUCCAAGAACCUGGGGUUCGGAGGAGAGGAGCUGCUUAGAACCCGGGAAGCCAAUGGUGGAGAAACCCGGCCAAGUAGAAAAAGACUGAGGACCAAGGAUCGAACGGAGGGAGAGGAUUGGACGCUGGGAUUCGAGGGGGCGGGGAUAGAACGCAGAGGGCUGGAAGGGGGCGGGGAUAAAACCAGAGACUCGAAUACCCGGCAAGGCACACGCGAGGCAGAAAUCUGGGUACCUGGAUGUCGGAUAAUUGGGGGCGACCAGGAGCUCCGGAGGCCCGACGACCAAGUCGUGGACUCGUCGCACUGGGAUUGGACAUAUGCAAGUGGGAGACUUGGGUCUGGCGUUCUAAAUCGAGGGUGGGGGGUGUGCUCGGGCUUGGUCUCCAGGAUCGGAUCGGCGGACCUCUGACUCAGCGUGACCCCGCAACUCAACCCUGGACCGGUUUCCCGACCCCAACCCUGAAUCUUGAAGGUCCUUCAUGGGGAGGGGCGCACUGCCUUGCACCUCGUUCUCAGCAGAACCGCAAAAGGGAUUAACGCGAGUUGUCCCUCCUGCCUCUCUAUGCGUUCACAGAGGUCCCCAGUUGAUGUCCCUCCAACACCGGAGGUGUCUGGCCGAGUCCUUCAAGACCCCUCAGGUGGUUAGGGAAGGGGCUCUAGCGUGACAUGGCUGAAGCGCACCAGGCCGUGGGCUUCCGACCCUCGCUGACCUCGGACGGGGCCGAAGUGGAGCUCAGUGCCCCCGUGUUGCAGGAGAUCUACCUCUCCGGACUGCGCUCCUGGAAAAGGCACCUCUCCCGUUUCUGGAAUGACUUUCUCACUGGUGUGUUCCCUGCCAGCCCCCUCAGCUGGCUCUUCCUCUUCAGUGCAAUCCAGCUCGCCUGGUUCCUCCAGUUGGAUCCUUCUCUAGGACUGAUGGAAAAGAUCAAAGAGUUGCUGCCAGACUGGGGUGGACAGCACCACAGGCUUCGGGGAGUCCUGGCAGCGGCACUGUUUGCUUCGUGUCUGUGGGGAGCCCUCAUCUUCACGCUUCACGUGGCCCUGAGGCUGCUUCUGUCCUACCAUGGCUGGCUCCUUGAACCCCACGGAGCCAUGUCCUCACCCACCAAGACCUGGCUGGCCCUGGUCCGCAUCUUCUCCGGCCGCAAAACAAUGCUCUUCAGUUACCAGCGCUCCCUGCCACGCCAGCCGGUGCCCUCGGUGCAGGACACGGUGCGCAAGUACCUGGAAUCCGUCCGGCCCAUCCUUUCCGACGAGGACUUCGACUGGACGUCAGCCCUCGCGCAGGAAUUCUUGAGGCUGCAGGCGUCGCUGCUGCAGUGGUACCUGCAGCUCAAGUCCUGGUGGGCGUCCAAUUACGUCAGUGACUGGUGGGAAGAAUUUGUGUACCUGCGCUCUCGGCGCUCGCUGAUGGUGAACAGCAACUAUUACAUGAUGGACUUCCUGUACGUCACUCCCACACCAGUGCAGGCCGCUCGUGCUGGGAACGCAGUCCAUGCCCUCCUCCUGUACCGCCACCGCCUGAACCGCCAGGAAAUCCUGCCUACUUUGCUGAUGGGAAUGCGGCCCCUGUGCUCUGCCCAGUAUGAGAAGAUCUUCAAUACCACGCGCAUUCCCGGCGUCCAAAAAGACCACAUCCGCCACCUCCGGGACAGCCGACACGUAGCUGUCUUCCACAGAGGCCGAUUCUUUCGUGUGGGGACCCACUCCCAAAGCGGCCUGCUCUCCCCCCGGGCCCUGGAGCAACAGUUCCAGCGAAUCCUGGAUGACCCCUCCCCCACCUGCCCCCAGGAGGAGCAUUUGGCUGCCCUGACCGCCGCCCCCAGGGAUGUGUGGGCCCAGGUGCGGAGUUCCCUGAAGAUCCAGGCCAAGGAUGCCUUGGAGGCCGUGGAAGGAGCUGCCUUCUUUGUAUCACUGGACUCGGAGCCUGCAGGGCUCACCAGGGAGGACCCCGCAGCUUCACUGGACGCCUAUGCCCGUGCCCUACUGGCUGGCAGGGGCCAUGACCGCUGGUUUGACAAAUCCUUCAAUCUAAUUGUCUUCUCCAACGGGAAGCUGGGCCUCAGUGUGGAACACUCGUGGGCCGACUGCCCCAUCUCAGGACACAUGUGGGAGUUCACUCUGGCCACAGAAUGUUUUCAGCUGGGCUACUCAGCAGAUGGCCACUGCAAGGGGCAUCCUGAGCCCUCGCUGCCCCAGCCCCAGCGGCUGCACUGGGACCUUCCAGAAAAGAUACGUCUGUCCAUCUCUCUAGCCCUGAGGGGAGCCAAGACCUUGUCUGGAAACAUUGACUGCCACGUCUUCCCCUUCUCCCACUUCGGCAAGAGCUUCAUCAAACGCUGUCAUCUCUCUUCAGAUAGCUUCAUCCAGGUGGCCUUGCAGCUGGCCCACUUCCGGGACAGGGGUGAAUUCUGCCUGACUUAUGAGUCGACCAUGACUCGCUUGUUCCUGGAAGGCCGGACAGAGACAGUGCGGUCUUGCACUAGGGAGGCCUGCAACUUUGUGAGAGCCAUGGAGGACAAAGAGAAAACAGUGGGUGAACCCCAGCGCCGCGCUCUGUUCCGCCUGGCGGUGGAAAAGCACCAGGCUCUGCUGAAGGCGGCGAUGAGCGGACAGGGAGUUGACCGGCACCUCUUUGCGCUCUACAUCGUGUCCCAAUUUCUUCACUUGCGGUCGCCCUUUCUGGACCAGGUUUACUCGGAGCAGUGGCAGCUGGCCACCAGCCAGAUUCCUGUUCAGCAAAUCCACCUGUUUGACGUCCACAAUUACCCCGACUAUGUUUCUUCUGGUGGUGGAUUUGGGCCUGCGGAUGACCAUGGUUAUGGUGUUUCGUACAUCUUCAUGGGGGAUGACACCAUCACCUUUCACAUCUCCAGCAAAAAAUCUAGCACAAAAACGGACUCCCACCGACUGGGGCAGCACAUUGAGGAUGCACUGUUGGAUGUGGCCUCCCUCUUCCAGGAGGGGCAGCGUCCUAAGCCCAGGUGCAGAGGGUUACAGGAGGAGGACUCGGGGCACAGGGGUGGCUCUCUCCCCUGCCAUAGGAGGGGCUCCGGGGCACCCAUGAAAUCCACCAACUUUUGACCCCUUCCUGAAGGGAGCUGGUCUCCCCAAGAGCUAAGGAGAGGGUCUCUACAACUGGGCCGGUGCAGGACAGAGGUGGCCUGUUUGGGUUUGGAAAAUCCCACAUCUGGUCCAAUAAAGAUGCGUAAGCCGGGUGUGUGGUGUUCGCCAUGCUGUUGGGCUGGGCAAGGGUGGGGGAGGUGAGGAUUAGGGUGGAGGAGGAGAAAAGGUCCCCCCCAUCCCCAGGGCCAACCAUGAAUUCUCAGUUCCAAUCAGUUUCAGCUGCCACUCCCAAUCCUGCCCAUUCUAUUACGUUCCCAGCUCCAGUCACACCAAACCCAACCAUCCAAGGCCAACCCCAGUCAAACAACCCCCCAAAGUCUCAUCAGUCCAGUUCCUGCAGCCCCAGCGCCACUGCCCACCCCAAACAUAAAGAUCGACGCUAUUCCACCCACCCUAGUUGACACCCCUCCAAAGAACCCCUUAAGAUUCUUAUUCCUCAACCCCACACCCAGCCAUUUCAACCUCUAGCUCGAUGAGGGAUUCAGCUCCCAUAACCAGGAAAUGCACUACCUAAUGUUUGCCCCUGUGAUGAUUCCAACAACCAACGACUCCAAAACACCAUACCCCAUGACACCUGACAGCUCAGCCACACUUUGAAGCAUAUGACCAACAUAAAAACGUCCAACCCCAAACUCCAUCACACCACCAAACCUCCCAUCCCAUCCCCACCAUAACCCAAACUUAAACUUAACCCAUAGUUAUGACUUUAAACACCGCACUCCUUGAUCACACCCCCACUCUACCCCCA